AUUUACCCUUUACAAUUAUCUAAUCAUCGAAGAGCUCCUAGGCAAAGCAAGACAAAAAAUCACACAAACACAAAUGGCAGCUCCGCUGCUUCUCAGAGGGUUUCCGCUUCUCCGUCUCCGAUUCCACCAGCACCACCGGUUCGCCUCCGGUAUAUUGACGAUUCGACUCUGCUCCGCCACCGCCGAGUCGACUAGCCCCGACGAUGACGUUUCCUGCUCGGGCCAAAGCACCAGAGCCUUGAGCACCAAAGAUUCUCCGAAAUACCCUAGGUGGGACGAUCCUGACUUCCGAAAGUGGAAAGACAAAGAAGAUGAGAUCAUGAGAGACAUCGAACCCAUCACUUUCCUCACCAAAGAAAUUCUACACUCCGACAGGUAUAUGGAUGGUGAACGUCUCACAGCUGAAGAUGAGAAAUCAGUGGUAGAAAAGCUUCUUGCUUAUCAUCCGCAUUCUGAAGAUAAAAUUGGAUGCGGGCUGGAUUCCAUUAUGGUUGAUCGGCAUCCUCAGUUUAGACGCUCAAGGUGCCUGUUUGUUGUAAGAACCGAUGGUGGAUGGAUAGACUUCUCCUACCAAAAGUGUCUUCGAGCAUACAUUCAGCAUAAGUACCCAUCUCACGCGGACAGAUUCAUCAAAGAACAUUUUAAACGUUGAAGUGGUUGAUGCGUCUCUUUUCCGAUAGUCCUAAUCUAGAUACUGAAUUUUCGUGUCAUCAAGGCUGUCCUGAUGGAUCUUUAUCAUAUGGUAUUAUGGGUUCUGAGGCAAGUUUCUUCACUACCUUGAAUUUUUUGCUUGUAUUCUGAGAACCUGGCCAUAGGUUAAGAGUGACCCACACACACCCUUUACAUUACCAGUUUGUCAAUGUGGUAGAUAGUAGAGAUGACCUACUCUUCCAUGUUUUAUUUAUUCAUAGGGACAAAGAAUAUGAUUGAAGUGUAACAUUGACUUGCAUUUCUCUCUGCUGGCUUUUCUCUUAUUGCUGAUUUGAUAGGUAUAAAUACUUAAAUUGAAUUUUCUUUUC